GAGCAGAUGGGGGACCACAGCCAGCUGUUUCUCUUCUCUUUGUUAAUUACAUAGUAAGAUUUUGGAGUUGACCUCAGGGUAGAGCCCUGGGUCCAGAGGACAGACAAAGGAGCAGUGAUGUCUGUGCAGGUGGCAGCCCCAGGGAGCGCAGGGCUGGGCCCAGAGCGCCUGAGCCCUGAGGAGCUGGUGCAGCAGACUCGGCAAGUGGUGCAGGGGCUGGAGGCCCUGCGGGCAGAGCACCGUGGCUUGGCUGGGCACCUGGCAGAGGCCCUGGCAGGACAGGGCCCAGUGGCUGGCUGGGAGCUGCUGGAAGAAAAACAGCAGGUGGUGAGGCACUCGCUGGAGGCCAUCGAGCUGGGGCUGGGUGAGGCCCAGGUGCUGCUGGCCCUGUCGGCGCAUGUGGGUGCACUAGAGGCUGAGAAGCAGCGGUUGCGAGCACAGGCCCGGCGGCUGGCACAGGAGAAUGUGUGGCUGCGGGAGGAGCUGGAGGAGACACAGCGCAGGCUGCGGGCCAGUGAGGAGGCUGUGGCCCAGCUGGAGGAGGAGAAGAGCCAUCUUGAGUUCCUGGGGCAGCUGCGGCAGUAUGACCCACCCACAGAGAGCCAGCAGCCUGAGUCGCCCCCUCGCCGAGACAGCCUGGCCUCCCUGUUCCCCAGCGAGGACGAGGAGAGGAGAGGUCCUGAGGUAGCAGGGGCAGCAGCGGCUCAGCAGGGCGGCUAUGAGAUCCCUGCCCGCCUCCGAACCCUACACAACCUUGUGAUCCAGUAUGCAGGGCAGGGCCGCUAUGAGGUUGCUGUGCCUCUGUGCCGUCAGGCUUUAGAGGAUCUGGAACGGAGCUCAGGCCACUGCCACCCUGAUGUGGCCACCAUGCUCAACAUCCUGGCACUGGUGUAUCGGGACCAGAACAAGUACAAAGAGGCCACAGAUCUUCUUCAUGAUGCCCUGCAGAUCCGGGAGCAGACGCUGGGUCCAGAGCACCCCGCGGUGGCUGCCACCCUCAACAACUUGGCGGUCCUCUAUGGGAAGCGUGGGCGUUACCGGGAGGCAGAGCCCCUGUGCCAGCGGGCCCUGGAGAUCCGUGAGAAGGUCCUAGGCGCUGACCACCCAGACGUAGCCAAGCAGCUCAACAACCUGGCCCUGCUGUGCCAGAACCAGGGCAAGUUCGAGGAUGUGGAACGGUAUUAUGCCCGUGCCCUGAGCAUUUAUGAGGCCCUAGGAGGGCCCCAUGACCCCAAUGUGGCCAAGACUAAGAAUAACCUGGCCUCAGCCUACCUGAAGCAGAACAAGUACCAGCAAGCAGAAGAGCUGUACAAGGAAAUCCUCAGCAGAGAGGACCUGCCUGCCCCUCUUGGAGGCCCCAACACAGGUAGUCGUGUAGAACAACAGACCCUUCGUCGCAGCAGCUCAUUCUCCAAGCUCCGUGAGUCUAUCCGGCGUGGAAGUGAGAAGCUAGUCUCCCGUUUCCGAGGCGAGGGGGUGUCAGGGGCAGCCGGAAUGAAAAGAGCCAUGUCACUCAACAUGCUGAACACAGAUGGCACAAGGGUCAUCGGGACUCGGUUUCCCAACCGACGCCUGGGAGAGGCCCCUCGGACCCUCAGCACCAGCACCCAGGACCUGAGCCCCCACUAAAGUCGCCUGGACUGUGUAGGCCACAGCUUCUCAGGAAGAGCAGGGGAGGGGUGGGCAGGGGG